UUUUGGCGCCUUUAAUUUUAAAAAUACAUAGUGUAUACGUUAAAAGCAUAGAAAUUCAAAGAAUCAUUCAGGAACUAUUGUAUUGAAAAAAUAUUCGGAAUUUGGAAGUACAUCGGAGCGAUAGGUAUUUGGACUUGUCUAUCUUAAGUUGACGUAUUUUAAAAUUCUUGAUAUUGAAUUGAUAUACGGUUUGAAAAGCCAAAAGCCAGAUUUGCUUUUAAAGCAUUUUUUUAUCUAAUAAUUAGAACUGUUGCCGAUAAAGUUAAGAGUUUUAUUUGAUCCAAAUUCUGAUAUUUUGCAACAAUAUGUUAGCAGAACAACUUAAGCGCUUAAUUCCUGGUUGUGGAAUUAUUAUAGAAACAAUUCAAAAGGAGGUAUACCAGGGCUUGGUCCAAGAAUCUAGUGAAGAUUAUAUAACAUUGUACGAAGUUAAAUUGAUUGGAAAACCUUAUCGUAAUCCGGAGCGGAUUAAAUCUUUUAACUUUUGUAUUGUGCAAAGAUAUACACUUAUUCCACCUUUUAAAGGUGAGGUUCCUGGUAUGCCUACACCUUAUAUUAGAAUACCUACGCUUGCUACUCACUUUCCCUACCAAGUACGUGAAAUACAUAAUGCUCCCAUAAGGUAUUUUCGUCUACUUUCGGCACAAUCUCGGCCACUCGAUGCUUUAACAGAAGGACAAAAUGAUGAGAACGGUGUGAGCGCGUCUGAUUCUGAUAAACAACAACCUGAAUAUUGUGAAACGCAUAUGUAUACUCAUGAAAAUGGAAAUACUUACUUCGUGCCUGUCUUGCGACGAGGACAAGCAAUAGUUCCCAUUCAAAACUACGAACAUCCUAUUGAAAGGUCUUUAACUGCAGCUGUGGAGAAUGUAUGUUCUGACUCAACUCUGACCUCUAGCACAUGUGAUACUCAUAGUAUGGCCGAAGAAUGUGAUAUUAAUAACGAAGAACCGGUAAUUAUUACAAACUCCACUUCUGAUUUUGAUAUUGAGCACAAUCAGGAAAGUAUAGAAAUAUCGAGGCAUCCAUCCUUACUUACAUUUUGUGCUAGUGCGUCCGAUAUUGCCGUAGAAGUCAUUGACACACAAACGAGCAUAAUCGCAAAAUCUAACAAUAUGACUUGCACCCAAUUAAAAACCGUACAACAUAUGCAAACUAAACCGUUUCGUGCAAUUGCGAGCCAUUGUUUACCUUGUGGAAUUUCUAAUCCACAGGAGUAUUUAUUUCCAUCAUUCCACUCUAAACGUAUUGAAGCGGGGAGCAGUGAAGGUGUAGCGUAUAUGGAUGGUAUUUACUUUCAAACCAUGGAAGGCUAUUUCGUGCCAUCAGUUGAUAUUAACACACGGCAUGAUAUACAAAGGCAAUUUUUAAAACAAGGAAGACCGCAAUCAGAGCAAAACUUAUUGUUUGCUCGCAAUAUUUGUGACAUUGCAUUUAUGAUGAUACGCAGUUUUCAUGAGCCACAUAAGAAGCCUAGGAACGUCAAAGGUGUGAUAAUAAGUACUCAGACUGAAAUUAGUUACGAUAUUGGAAUAAAUGCUGGUCUGUUUUUGUCUAAUUGCGGUAUUAAACUUUGGUUUCAUGUUAAUCGAAAUAUGGACGUUGAUGAAUCUAUUACACCAACCAUUGCACCGUCAGACAAUAAACUUUUUGAGCUUUUUCGUAGCAGUAAUGAAGUUACUACCAAAGUUAGUGAGCUACCAGAUCCUAACUUUGUCAUUGUUAUAACGCAAGCUGAUAAUAAUAUUGAACUGUGUGAUAAACUUAAAAUGUGGAUAAGUACAGUAAAAGCUCCUUUGUUUUUCGUAGAUCCUGCGGUAAACAGCCAGCUACAAACAGCCAAUUGUCACAAAUAUGCAAUCAUUCCAAUAUUACCAAUUGAAGGAUUCAACGAAUACAACUACAUGCAAACAUUUCUCUGUAAUUUAUCUGUACCGGAGAAGUUGAUCAAGUGCAUAAUACCACAUUAUAAAUCACCUUUUGGUGUUAAUGAUAUUGUUGAGAUUACUAAAGCCGAAAUGAGUUCAAGCAAAACUUCUAUUAAUCAGAUAUCUGUUGAAGAAUCCACAAAAUUGGAAUUUGAAACUCAGUUACUUUAUGAAAAUUGAGUCUAUACCAAAGUCUACAAUUUAUGUACAACAACUGUAGUAAAAUGAAUAUCCUGGAGCUACAUACUAUAGAUUUUACAGUAAUUUAAUAUAACAAUUUAACCAUAAACUGAUCGUGAUCUAAUAGACUUACGUUAUAUACGUUUUCAACAGACUGACAUUUCCAUAGAAUGAAAAAUUAAAGUGUGCGCAAAAUUCAAUCCAAAUUUACAGUUGAUAAAUUUAUUAUUAUCAAAAUAAA